AUGAAGAGCCCAGGGAAUGGAGGAAGUGACGGUGGCCAGGCCGGCCCAGGCUGUGCAUCUUCAGCGGACAUCACAGACAACAGUGACUAUGUCCAGCUGAAGGUUCCUCUCAUCCAGCAGUCCUAUCAUUGGGAUUGUGGCUUGGCGUGUGCGCGGAUGGUACUACAAUAUCUUAAUCUGCUUCAUGAGGAUGAGUUUUUCCAGAAUGCAAUGAAGGAGCUUCAACUCACAAAAAGUAUUUGGACAAUUGACUUGGCGUAUCUUAUGCACCACUUUGGGGUACAACACCGGUUCUGCACGCAGACACUGGGUGUAGACAAAGGAUACAAGACUCAAUCUUUCUACAGAAAGCACUUUGAUGCAGAGGAGAAUAGAGUAAACCAGCUAUUUGCCCAAGCCAAAACUCGUGGUGUCAAUGUGGAGAAAAGGUGUGUUACAAUACAGGAGCUGCAAAAACACCUUUCCCAGGGACAUGUGGCCAUAGUACUAGUGAAUGCUGUUCUGCUGUUGUGUGAUCUGUGUCCCAGUCGUGUUAAAUACUGCUGUUUUCUCCCAAUUGGGCAGAAAUGUUUCUGCAGAAACAGUGAUUACCAAGGCCACUUUAUAGUACUUAGUGGUUACAACAAAAGCUCUGGCAGUCUUUUCUACAACAAUCCAGGAUAUGCUGACCCAGGAUUGUGUCGAACAAGCAUCACUAACUUUGAAGAAGCUCGAAGCAGCUAUGGCACAGAUGAGGACGUUCUGUUAAUCUUUAUGGGCAGCUGA